CUGGUUCCAUUUUCCUCUUCUGCAUUCUGCAAAUUUACCCUCACCUUGAUAAUAAUCCUGCUGUUCUACUGAAAAUCAAAUCACCACACAUCCUCCUCAUGGAUAUUGAAAAUGACACUCUGCCCCAAUUGGGCCAAGGCCAUCAGGAGAGUGUCCAAACAAGUAGCAUCAAACUCAAAGAGGCAGUGAGUCGUAUCUCAUCUAUCCAUGUCUCGUUUCUCACCAUCGGCUGUCUGCAGGGCUCUUCACAUGCUAUCGAGAACUCCGCUCCUCCGCUAUACCCGAAUAUACUCAAAAUUUCACGCGACCCUGGAUUGCAUAUCCCGCUGAAACGCAAACGGGACGAUUUCUGCUACGAACAGGACCCCGACUCUGGUUUAACAAGGCCGGAUGUCGUCCUUUUUCCUCUCACUUCUCUGCUAGAGCCACCAGAUGACGAGUCGGAGGAGGAUAUCGACUUGGCCAUCGUGACAUCGGGAGCUACGCCGCCCCAGGGUGCUCGCCCGCUCUCCUUCAACGGACUGAAAUCCCCAUCUGCGACUCCCCGGGAGCCCGUGUCUAGUGCCUUGGGAAGGUCUGCUCUCGCGUCCCCACUCGAACCGCCUGCUGCAACUCCAUUGUUCAAUGUCCCCCAGCCCCGAGACGUGUCUAUGUUUGAAGUCAAUCCGAAGGCACUGUCGUCAUUGGAAGUUACCUUGGAGACCUGUUAUGCCCCGGUGGGAUCCAUGCACGAUAGCAGGCUCGCAAAUAACUUACAUGCCGUAUCGGAGUGGCUUGCCGACUUCCAGUCCAGAUAUCGUGACCCGGAUCCAAUCGAGACCGGUCCUUCCUAUGAUGUCGCCCCCAGAGCACCAACGGCUACCCUGGCGCAACUCUUGAGUGACACAUUCGGGUUGGAGGGUUCGAAUAUUGCAGACAUGGAUGGGCCCAAGACGAAGAGAAGGAAGGCUAGCAAAAGCAUGCAUGCUGCGCAGAAGUUUCCGGAGGCCCUCGACAUCGAAAAUCUCACUCCGUUCAGCGAUAUCGGACUCGACAGAUACGAGUCAGUGACUCAGUCAGAGAAUUCCGCGGAAGCUGGUCUCGACAUGUCCCAUCCGCGUUCUCCCUCUCACAAACCGAGUCGUGUCUUGACCUGGAACGAGGAACUGCAUCCUAUUUUAGCCCGCAAGGGCCCGCUUUCCCGCGACGAUGUGUCAACACUAUCCCGCAUCCUGUCCGACAUCACCUCACUGAGCAACAACGAAGCCAAGGCCACCGAAGGAGAUUUGCGGCUUCUGCAUGCAGCAUUGGUUGCGCUUGCCAGCCAAGCAGCACUGGAUUCCUCGCAUUUUCCUCGCCAUAUUCUUGAGAUUGCUCAAGACCUUCUUGACCGCUGGCCAGCAGAUUGGGAGUAACAGGAGAAAGAACGUCUAUUUUGUCGCAAGCCAGCAUGAGCCUACUUCUACGCCAUCAUCAUCACGGCCCAUUCAUAUUCUGUUUGCAGUGACCUCUCGGCAGUACCGACUGCAAUCCCCCGUGGCUGUACCGAGUCAAGAGGGGCGGACAAAGGCUUGCAGGGUGAUUCAACGUAGCGCGAGAGUUGUAAUGAACAUAAAGGCGAAGGGCCCCCUGUCGAAAGGGAAAUACAGAAGAUCAUACAUAGAACCUGAAUUGAGCGGUAUUCUUGUAGCUGAACUUGGAAUUGCUUCGAUUUGAAAUCUAAGGGCCAGCGCUCGGCUGAGUAGAAUCGGGCAACCAAUGAGUGUGGAUGCAUAGCUCUCAACGCUAGUAAAUAUGUACUCAAAUGAAGGAACGUUUUAGAGCGACAGAAAGAAUUCAGGAGCGAUUAGGAGCAGAGGUGCUCCUGAGGCCCUGGUCAUCGACCACCGAAGCGACCGGAGGACACGGCUGGUGGACAGAGCGGAAAUUAUCUGGAAGUGGAGCAGAAGAGUUCGUCAAAAGUCUGGAGAAAGGCGUUUGCCGAGCGAUAGCCGCCUCGCAUGGCUGCAGCUGCACAUGGAGAUUUGUG